UUCAUUAUCGAUGACUGAACAAAGAAACGAAAUGGCGUCUGGUGGAUCAAAGAAAAAAGGUGGAAAACCAGGAAUCUUUGAAAAGUGGAAUAUCGAUGAUCAGCCAGUAAAGAUUGAUAAAUGGGACUGUAGUGCUGUGAAGAAUGCACUUGAUGAUGCGGCCAAAAAGGUGCUGACUGAAGGCUUUGGCUAUGUUGAAGACUUUUCAAUGACAGACAUUCGCUUGGCUAUUUGUACCAUUUCUUGCUGCUUUGCCCUGACUGCCUUGAUAUUUGACUACCUUUACCCUUUCCCAUUGUCGAGGCCAAUACUGAUCACAUGUGUGCUAUCAUAUUUUACUUUGAUGACUGUGUUAACCAUCUUUACCACCUUCUUUGAAAAGAACUACAUCAUGUUUGCUGUACAGAAAGAUGAAGCUGGGGUGGGUCCUGAUAAUUACUGGCGUUUGCAUUCAACUCUGAAGCGUUAUGACCAGAACUACUCUCUUACAAUCAUUUACAAGGAUGGUGACUCUAAAAAGGAAAGAGAACAGACCAUUACUAAAUCAGUGGCUUCAUGGUUUGAUGAAGAAGGGACAUUGCUCAUGGAUAUCAUGGAAAAAGAUGUCCAGGAGCUUCACAAUGGAAUAGCUUCCGAAAAGAAGGACAAGUGAUGUCAAUGUUAGGUCUGGUUUUAUGUAACUUAGAGCAUCGAAAGUAAAUAAGUAAUAAACUGUUUAAUCGUUUAAAUUAGUUGUUCAUAGAUAAGAAGAGAUGAGUUGUCACUUUUCAAACACUUUUAACUUUAACACUGAGCACCUGCAAUAAAACUGACAUAAAUUGAAAUUUUCAAAGUGUGGUAGGAUUGUUCUUUCCCUUUUGAUUAAUUAUGCUCUCUUUGUGUUUGUGGAAAGUUCUAGAAUAACUGAGAUUUCAUCCACAAAUUGAGGAAAACUAAACUAAGGUUCACACUCCUGAGGAAUCAUCACACUCUUGACUUCCACUGACCUUUUCAAGUUUUUUUUUUAGAACAGUCUUGUGAUAUGGGCCUUAUUUCCUUAUUGUUUUCAAAAAAUCUUAUUUUUGGUAUGUAAUUAUCCAUAACAUUCCAAUUCCAUGACUUUCCAGGCUUAGAAAAUGGUGUUGUGGAAUUUCAUGGAUGUCUAGGUUUUGCAUGACCCAUUCAAACUCUGAAAGUAGUAAAGUAUAAAAGAAAAAUAAAGUUAAAUAACAGGG